AUGGCAGGAUUGCUAGAGAUAUAUGAUAAAGAUGGUCACCCAGAGCAUAAGCUUAGGUUGGAAAGGAGUGAAGUUCCUUUCAUUUGUGGUGGGUGCAAAGAGCUAGGAUUUGGACUUCGCUACCAAUGGACAAGAAUUUGCGACAUUUGUGCCUUGGACAUACGAGGAUUUUUGUACCAAUGCUCCCGUGGAGAUUAUGAUUUACAUCCCCAUUGCGCGAGCCUUCCUUUGACUUUUACCCUUCCGGGUUCCAACGAAGUAAUCAAACUUCGCGAAAAGAUAGAAUCAAGAUGCUUGAAAUGUCAAAGAAAGGAAAGAGCAUCAGGCAGAGUCCAGGGUUUGUCCUAUGUUUCCUCAGAUGGUAUGCUAUGUUAUCAUGUGGCAUGUCUGAAAGAAGCAUGUCUUGACAAUUGGACAAUGGGUUAUUUUCAACUUGAUGCUCUCGCUAAUGAGGAAAGAAAAAUCCUUGCACUGCAAAAUCUUGCUCCAAACCAAGAGGUUCGCAUAAGAGCGGGGCAAAGCGCGAAUGCAAUGAGGGGUAUCAGAUUGUUGAUCACAUUUCUCAAGCUGGUCGUUUCUGCUGUACUUGGAGAGCCAUUUACUUUAGUUUCCACUUUAUUUCAAAUUUCUCAGGGUUAG